GGGCGCAACUCGAGCGGGGUAGAAAUUUCACCCACACGAGACGCUCGGCGAUCGUAGAAUUUUAAUCGAAAAGUAUCCUACCGUAUCGCGGUUAACCGAAAUGCUUCGCUCUCGGUAAAAGUCCGGGAAUAUAAAAAGUCCGUUUUCGGGGAAUGGAAUUUUCAAAAAAUUCGGGCCGCUCUGCCGACCGGACGAUUGUUUGAAUUUAUGUGCGACGAUGUGCCGGAUUAAAUUUUGAAUUGAUGGUGGUCAUGUAAAUGUCCGCGCGGUCUAGCGAUGAACGAAACGGACCUCUUCUACGCCACGAGCUGGCCGUACUGGCUCUACGACAACCUCACCUUGAAUACCACCGACCUAGAAGCCGAAGCGUGGAAGAAGUGGACCGAGCUGAUUCAAGACCGGGCCGUUGUCGUGUCUCUGCUGCUCCUAUUCUCCAUGUGCACGGUAUUCGGCAACACCCUGGUAAUUCUUGCGGUGGUCCGUGAACGAUACCUUCACACGCCCACUAAUUACUUCAUCACGUCGCUGGCAGUCGCGGACUGCUUGGUGGGCCUGGUGGUGAUGCCGUUCAGCGCCCUGUACGAAGUGCUCGGCCACACCUGGUUCUUCGGUCCGGAUUGGUGCGACAUCUGGCGAUCCUUAGACGUGUUGUUCUCGACCGCGUCCAUUUUGAACUUGUGCGUCAUCAGUUUGGACCGGUACUGGGCCAUUACCGAUCCGAUAGCCUACCCGAUGCGCAUGACCCGCGUCAGGUCCAUAGUGCUCAUCGCUGCCGUGUGGGUAUGUUCGAGUGCGAUCUCAUUUCCGGCCAUAGUGUGGUGGCGGGCGGUGCGAACUGAACCAAUACCGAGAUACAAGUGCCCUUUCACGGAACACCUCGGAUACCUGAUCUUCUCUUCCACUAUAUCGUUCUAUCUACCCCUUUUCGUGAUGGUGUUCACGUACUAUAGAAUAUACAGGGCGGCAGUCGCUCAGACGAAGUCUUUGCGCCUCGGUACCAAGCAAAUACUGAUCGGUGCCGGGGAACUCGAGCUCACGCUCAGGAUCCACCGGGGUGGCACUUGCAAAACACCCCAGACCGAAAACAAAACCCUCUACGGUGCGCAGGAAGACGAACCGCUGACCGCGAUGGCCAACAACGGCCUGAACAGGAUACCUUCGACACGGUUAAACCCUCACAACAAGAACUUUUCGUUGAGUAGGAAGUUGGCGAAGUUCGCCAAGGAGAAGAAGGCUGCCAAAACGUUGGGCAUCGUGAUGGGGGUGUUCAUCGUGUGCUGGUUGCCGUUUUUCGUGGUGAACCUGCUCUCCGGAUUCUGUCUCCAGUGCAUAUGGCACGAGAAGAUCGUAUUGGCCAUCGUAACGUGGCUGGGAUGGAUCAAUUCGAGCAUGAACCCUGUGAUAUACGCAUGUUGGAGUCGAGAUUUUAGAAGGGCGUUCCUCCGAAUCCUGUGCGUCUGUUGCCCCAGGUCCAUCAGGCGGAAAUACCAGCCGGCAUUUAGAAGCAAACCCAGUCAGAGAUUUUCGUCACAACGAUACUACUCAUCUUACUCUCUGCGACACAACUCGUGCGAGCAGACGUACAUAUAGCACAGGGCCCCCUCCGGCCCGACGCCCCUGGAAAUAUCCGCGAACCUACCUUUCAUACGAUCCACGUCGCUGUUUUAUUUUUAAUUCCAUUCCUGUUUUUUCCAGACGCCUCGUUUUACAUUUGUCACGCUUUCCUCCCUUCUUGUUCCUUCCUACGCGCAAGCCGGGGGGGCCUAGAGGACGUUCCCAAUGAAACACGUAACUAAAAAAGAGUGUGGUGUUUCUGACGUAUCUGUUUGUAACGUCUUUUCGAUAUUCAAAAUGAUCUGAGCAUUGAGACCAAUUUUUGAUUUUUGAUUUUGAUUUUGAUACUAUAGACUGAUGGGGAUACCUACUUUCUUUUGUCGCUUAUUGAUAAUACAUGGCGUAGUACGAAAGAUGAUAAAUGGUCAUGACUGUAACAAUACCAUUAAUGUCUUUAUUUGCUCGUCCAGGUAGUAGUGAGGAAAUUGGACAUACAUAUAUAUAACACAUAUCGGUCAUUUAAAAGAAAUAUUUAAAAUGGCAACCUCUUGUCAUUUUGACAUUUUGAAAUAUUUUUUUAUAUCAAAAAUUAGACAUUUUAAUUAUAUACGUGCACGUCAAAUUUCGCCGUGCUCUAUACAAGGCUACAUCAUUUACGCUGGCACUGUAUAUUGUUUCUCUCUCUUAAGUUCUUCUAGUAUGGGAUAUGUGGGUUCAAUGUUGUUGUUGUUGAGGUUGUUAUAUGCUGUCCUUUCAAAAUUUCGUUAAAGUUGGUCGUUGCGGUUUUAGCAAGAGGUCCUUCAUCUAAUUUCGCCAUUUUUACGAUUAUAGGCACCCAGAGAGAUUAUUGACUCUACCUUCUUGAUAGCUUGAAUGCUGGGUAUUUCCAAUGCUGUGGGUUCAAAUCAAGGCCAAACUCCAACUGUCUAUACUCGUUUAAUAAGUGUCAACAUUUCGUGUUCGUCUUUGGCAAUUGGUGUGAUGUUAUCAGCGUAGCGGAGACUGUCCUUCCUUAUACGAUGACUCCUCCUUCCCAACCGUCUAACGCUUUCCGUAUGGUAUAUUCUCCAUAUACGUUAAACAGCAAGGUUGACAAAACCCAACCCUGUCGUACACAUUAUUUCAGAUAUAUUAAAAUCCGAGAGUCUGGAUCCAAACCCAUUUAUCUUAAUUCAAACGUGCUUGUCUGGAAUAAAUUUUUCUUGUAACGCAUUUAUGAACAAACGUCGGGGACAGCUAUGGGUUCUCCAUUAUUGCAAGUCCUCGCAAAUUUUUUAAGGAAGCCUUUGCGAAGAAAGCGCUAUAUCCAAAAUGAUGGAAACGCUACGUUAAUUAUUCCUUUGUUAUUUGGUUUCAUUUUCAUGAAUCUCUCCGAUAUUUUCUUAGCCAUUUCAAUUCUAUACAUUCUAACAUACUAUUGAAUUAAAAACUAAUAAUAAUCGCCCAUUCUUAGCUAUUCUUAUCAAUGAAAAAUCAGAAUUAACAUUGGGUCAUUCUAUUUAGAUAAAACCUAAGCACACAGACCGAAACCUUGAUGCAUUGUCACAUCAUCAUUCGACCUAAAAAUCGUCGGGUAUCAACUCUCUUGUUGACUGAGCUGCAAAAUUAUCUCAACCCGAGUCACAGAACCCAGAAUUGUAACACCUUUCAUCUGCUCUUCUCUGUAAUAGUUUCCACCUGAGAGAUAUCAACACUUCACCACAACCUUUUAAAGACAAUGAGUUCAAUAGCACUUGCUACAGUUGUCCUUCCUAACAUUCAAAAUAUCACUGACCACACUGAACAACUAAAUUCAUUGUUUUGAAUUAAUAAACGACAAAAUAUGAUAUUUAAAAAAGUUAAAAAAAAAAUUAUAAAUGUGGUUUUUGAUUUUGAUAAUGGGUCGUUAACGCUUAUUGAAUAAAAAAACAAGACUUAAUUAUCUUUUUUUUAUUUUUUGAUAUUUUAAACAGAAACAUUAAAAAGUGGUUACAUUUUAUGGAAUUCAUCAAAACAUUUUUAGUGAAGUGGAAUUUGACAAGUUUCACACGAUUUUGUGCUUUUGUUUUUACAUAAAAAACACCUUCUUCUUGGCUGUUGACGAACUGUCCAUCCGAAGUGGUACAAUAUAUAGAACAUCUCUUUGGCCCACACAUUUUCGGUUUUACUCCAUAUUUCUUUAAAAGAUACUGGGAAAUUUCUCUUUCAAAAUUAAGUUUAUCCUGUUCACAACCGUAUACGCGGGCUAGUUGACUAGCAUUAGCAACGCACAAAUCAUCCAAUACAGUAUGGAGGUAUAUCACUUUUUACCCCUCAUGGCAAUUCGGUAGUUGGAUAUAUAAUAAUUUGAUCCACACCCCCCAUGAACGUGUUAUAUAUUUUUAUUGCAGGGGGUUGGGGAACAUCAACUUUCAUUUUUUCUUGAACCGAAAACCUUUUACAUUUUUGUAAAGGCUCCACGCCGUACUCAUUUGACAAAACACUGACAACACGGUUGUCCUUCCAUUUUAUUUCUAAGAUAAGUCAUGGCCAUUUAUCAUAAGUUGGACAGAAAUUUGCUGAAAUGCUGAAUUUUUCCUUCCGUGUGGUUUUGGUUGAUAAAUCGUUUAUUUGUAGCACUUUUUCAUUCGUUUUUGAUUUUGUUUCGUAAAUAAAUAAUAACUAACUCACCGAGUUAUUAUAUCAAGUGACCGGAAAAUGUGAGCCGAAUGUAAUGCCCAGAUUCUCAUAAUCCUGACACUGAAGGAUUUCUUGGCUGUUGUCCAUUGCCAACUUCUCACAGGUAGAUAUGUUGAGUGUCAAGCCCCAUUCUCUGCUUUUAUCCAUUAGCUUUCGCAUCUUUAUGACAUGGUCAUUAACUGAACUGAACAAACUCCUAUCAAUCAUCAAUUUCUAUUCCGACACCCUGGGCGUUUCUUGUCCAGUUCUUUAAUGUCAUUGUUAGGUAUAUUUUGAAAACUGUGGAAGAGACACAGAAUUCUUGAUUUAAUACUUUCUUAGAAGAUGAUAGCCAUUUUCUAUUCAUUGGCGACAGGAUGUCCAUUUAAGCAUCUAUCUGCUGGACUGCGUCUGAAUAAAUUUCUUCUCGCAGCUUCUCUCACUUUUACCUCUAGUACAUACUUGUCUAGAUUCCUGAAGUAGUUAUUUCAACUAUUAACGAUUUUUCCGGGAAUAGUCACUUGAGUGUUCGUCCCGUCUUUUCCUCCGUUUAUUGUGUGGAUAAUUGUCUCCAUGACUGCCGCCCUAAGCUUCUUGGUGGUUUCUAGUUUUUCGAAAAUAUAGCCUUGACCUUUACAAAAUAGUGAUUAUUGAUUUGGCUCCACCAUUAUUGAUUUGGCUCUACAAUUGGACCCAGCAUAAUUUAUCUAUUUUAUUAAUUUUAGUCUGUAACUAUUUCAUCUAAUUUUUUAUAAAAUUCCUGCUUAACUAUUACAAUGUUUUCAUGAACAGCUUCCCAGUUAUUUAUUUUACAGCUCCAACCCUUCUUGCCUUUAGUAUUGAUACUCCUCUCGCUGUUCUCUUCACUUUUAACACUCCGGUAAAUAUAUGGACAUGCCCGGGGCCUUUUUUUUUUUCUUAGAUUCAGUCAAGGCUACUACACAAUUUUCUUUGCUUAAUUUGUCGUCCAAGUGAUCGGAGGCUUUGUUUAGUUUUUUUUGUGGUAUGAUGUUUUCCAAAUUUUCAAAUUUUGGAGAACCAGGUCCAGACAAUUUUUUGUUUCGCCUUUUAUUAUUUUUUUUAUCAUUCACUUUAUAAGUUGUUCAGGAAUUUGAAUCUAUCUAUCUACAUGUACAAUUUCUCGAGAAAGAAAACAGAUUUUCCCCAUUUUCUCGAACACUUUGUAUAAGUAAAACAUAUAAUAUAUAAUUCUAUAAAUAAAGGUCCCCCAUUUUCCAAGAAACAAAAAAUAUUAGUUAAAUGUGCAUAUUUAAUUAUAAUAAGUUUUUAUGAAGCGUUAGAAAAUGCUAAAAUAUUUUGAUCUUCCAAGUAUAUCAAUUUGUGUGGGCUUAUCUCGAAGAUUUUGUUAACGUGUUUUAAAUUGUUUAUACAAAUAUAAUUCACCAAAUAAUAUGUAUAAUAGGUAUAAUUAUUGCAUGCAAAUUAAAAAUCCUUAAAAUUAAAAAUAAAAAAAAUUCAUAAAGUUUAAUGCUUUGAGUGUUAAUCGAUUAAUCACCGAAAUCUUUUUGUACCAUAAUUAAGUUGAAGGAUUAUUUGUUCAAAAACAGCCAAAAAAAAAAGGUCGAUUAAAUAAUAAAGAACGGACAAUAUUUUCAGGACUCUAAAAUAACAAAACUAUUUUCCAUUUUAGUAGCUCAUUAUGGUUUAUAACUUUUAUUUUAUAGAUAACAUGAAGUUGAUCAACUUUCCUAAAACAUUAAGUAUUUUUGUUUCUCCAAACUUCAAGAAUUUUAUUCAUCAGGGCUUGCUAUGCAACUAAACGUGAAAUUAUAGAAUCAAAAUGGCUGAACAUUAUCUUCUGUACUGUAAAAUAUUGUGCAUUUCUUCGAUUUUUUUAUUCCUUGCAAUGCUUGGGCCCGAUAGUGUACAUAAAUAAACAAAGGAAAAACGAGAAUCCCCAUUACCAGCAGUCGAUCAAUUUAUAAUUAUUUUUUUUAUAAUUAUUUUUCAAAAUCGAAUGUCCAAUGUUCAGAUCGAGACAGCACGCUUUCUUUUUUCGAAAAAAUAAAGUUAUUGCCAGUUUUUCGUGUCCAGUUUAAUCACACACUUCGGCUUGCAAGCUCGGCACUCGUGACUCGUCUUUUAAGUAAAUGUCUACUCGUUUACACUACUGCCACACACAAACCAUAUCAAAUACGUCUUACUUGUCCGACACAUAAAGCAUGCCUGUUUCACUUCCUAGCGUUUAGCUCGUUCAAUGCUUUUUUUAGGUUAGCGAAGGCUUCGGAGAGGUUAUGUACAACUUCUUAAACAUGUUCAAAGCCCAGGCCGAAGUCUAAACAGUUCGGGGUGGAAGUACUUCAAGUCGCAUUCCCAAGUACUGGAGCCGAAUCUUAGCGCUUGCACUUACACCUCAGUGGGCCACCACGAGCUCUACCCGUUAUGACAUCACAAAGGUCGGCAAGCCAGUUCAGCAUCUUCUCAUACUAGUUUUUCGAGCCCCGGAUCUCCGACCCCUAGAGUCAUUCAUUCGUGUACCAAGUCAACUAAUUCUUUAAGGAUGACGUAGGAUGUAGUCUCGCGCAACCUGCUGACUCGUGUGACAUUUGCCUGUGGAGAACUAUAGGUUUAGACUAGGUAGCUGUACAGAAAUUAGGUCCUUAAUUUUGUCUGAAGUAAAAUGAUGAUGUAUGUUUGUAUAGCGUUUGAGGAUAUUAUGACGUUUAUUUUCUAUACUAUAGUCGACGGUACCUUUCUACUCUUGGAACAAACAUAAAUAUUUUAGAACUGUGUUAAUAUAUAUAUAUUUCUUAUACGAAACAAAUGUAUGUAUGUAUAGAGUUGGACAAAUUAAAU